AAAUGAUUCCUCAAACUUGGAAUGAAUUUCUUGAAUUUAUAAGCGAUGUUUUAGAUAGAGAGCUUGACUAACCUCGGAUUAGCCAAUUUAUAAAGAUACCGAAUACAAGAAUGACAUCUUUUUAAAUUAUAUCAUACUUCAGCACAGAUUUUCAAAAGUAUAAAACUAUUAUAGCAAUUUAGAGCUAAGAUAAAAAGAAAAUACAAGUGGGGAUGCAAAGAAAAGUAUUUCUUGAUUUGGUGUAUCACUAAAAUCACGGAAAAGCUUUAAAUAAAAUUUCAUGAACUUGUAAGACCUUUUUACUAUUAAUUAUUGUGUAGUAUUAAUGGAAAGUCUUCUAGAAACUAUCAAGUAUCUUGGAUCUCUCAGAAGAACUUUUGUUGACUAAAUGGUUGAGUCUUCUCAAUUAUAAACUUAAAGAACAGCCUUGGAAAAAAGAAGAAGAUGAUUUACUCAUUAAACUAAGAUAGUAUUAUAUUUUGCUAAGUUAGAUUAUACCCAGGACCUAAAGACUGGAUAAAGAUUACAAUUGAAUUUAUAAAAACUAGUGAAACAGUAAGGUAUCCUAAAUAAAUUCGGGAACGAUAUAACAAUGUUUCCAAUCCAAACAUAAAUAAGUAAUCAUUAUAUCGAUUUAGAAAUGAAUUUCGUUAAGAUGAAAUACUUCUUAUUCUUAGAGAAGCCUUUAAUACAAAAAAAAAUUGGGCAAGAAUUUCUAAAAAAUUACCAGGUCGAACAGAUAAUCAAAUAAAAAAUCUGUACAACUCUAUUAUAAGAAAAAUUUUAAAUGAAAAAGUAUUUGUAAAUAUUUAACAACUUUAGAAGAACCCUGAUGAAAAGACGGACGAUUUACAAAUUCUAAAUCUAAUAAUCCAACACAAUAAUUAUGAUCCGAUAUUCAUCUCAACUAUUUUAGAUGAAACAAAAAGGAAAUAAAUUUGUGUCAAAACUGAAUCAAGUUCUGAUAAUUCUUAAACUUCUGAAAUGGGUGUUAAUAAUGUACCUAUCUAACUAGUCUACCCUUUUCUUUACAAUUAACCCUUCAAUUAUCAAAAUUUUUAUUUUACCUACCCUCAAUUUUACCUGUUACCUCAUUAAUAGUCAUUAAGAAAUCCAAUGUAUAAUUAAACAUGA